AUGACGACGCAUAAUGUUCACCCGCAAGCUGAGUACCAUGUGCAGCUCUUCUCCCAUCAUCUCUAUAGAGAUACAUUAAAGCUGGAAAAGGUUCGGAAAAGAGCAGUGGUGAUGGAGAUGAUUCUCUCUAUAAUUACACUGGAGCUUUUCAAGAAAGAAAUUCUGGGAAUGAAUAGCUGUUUGGAAGAAUUUCCUACUCUGCUUCACUGUGCAGCCAGAUUUGGAUUGAAGAACCUUGCAACAUUUCUACUCAAUUGUCCUGAGGCCACACGGGCUUGCAAAAUAACCAACAAAUAUGGAGAUGAUCCGGCAAGUAUCGCUGAGAAGCACGGGCACAGGGAGCUAAGAGAAUUAAUCAAAGAAUUAUCGGUAAACGUCACUGAGAAUUUCACUGAUUGCGAGGAGGAAGCAGAAGAUGAUGAUGUUUACGUGGUUAUGUUAGGCUCAGAAACUCAACAAGCCAUGACAUUAAAAGCCAAGCAGAACCCAGGAGAUCAAUAUGGAAUUGGAUCAAGAUGCCAACAAGAAGCUGAGGUGGGUGAGGAAAAGGAAGAUUAUGUAGAAGACAGCAGAGAGGAGGCAGAAUAUGAAGAUCAAGAAGAGCAAGAUUCAUACAGCUUUCACAGCAGUCCUGACGAUUUGUACGCCAGCAUACCUGAUGAUCUCGAAGAGAAUGGAAGCAACCACUUUUUCUGUAAGGGGCCGCCCCCUCCUCCCCCUCGAAAUCCACCUGACACCCUAAGACUGGACAAUCUGCAUGAUUUAUCUCAAGAGAGGAAUUUUGUUGAUGACAGAAGUGAAAGAGAACAUGGUGAUGGAUUCAUAACAGCAUGCUGCAAAGACCAAGAUACAUGCGAAGGAGAUAGCAAGGAGGAGAACCCAUACACUUUUGCCACCUUGGAUGACUCUGUGUACGAUUUCGUAAUGGCUGAGGAGGAGGAGGAGAAACGGAAAGAACGCAGGUCUUUUAUCCUGAACAGGCCGCCAGCCCCUGCGCCUCGUCCGAUGUGUUCGCCGGUCGGAGAGGAGAACACUCCCUUUAUAGCCCAAGUGUUUCGACAAAAGGCUGCUCAAAUGCCCAGUGACAACGACAGGACAUACUGCGAUGCCAGGAAGCCCGCCGCACACAGAGGCCACACUGACGCAGUAACUGAUGGCACUGUGAAACACAACAUCCCUGCUGAGCAGAAAGAACUCAUCCACUUACAGGAGCAGGUGAAAAAGGGGGCAAUUUCUGUGGAUGAAGCCCUUGACAGAUUUAAGCAGUGGCAGAAUGAAAAACAGAGACUACAGUCCACUCAACAGGAAAAAGUGCACCACCUUAGAGACACCACCAUUGGAAACAGACUAGAAAAGGAAAAUCUGAGUG